AGCCUGCCCCGCGGCCCCAGGCCGCCGCCGCGGAUUGGCUGGGGCGCUGGGGAAUUCCCGGUCCCUGGGCGCCCCGGAGCCAGCGGCGCCGGCCCGGGCAUGGCAGCGGCGCCCCGCGAGCCGCAGGGUUAGGGCGGGUCGCACAGCGAUGGCGGAGCCGCCGCAGCGGGCGGGGCCGGGGCCGGGGGAGGCCAAGCGGCCGGAGGCGGGCGAGGACUGGUGCGACAGCGGCCUGGGCUCCCUGAGCGAGGGGCAGCUCAGCCAGAUCCUGGGGGCCCCGCACCCCCCUACUGCCGUCCCCGUGACCUCUGACCCCUGCCCCGGGGGUCGCCCCGUGACCUCUGACCCCUGCCCCGGGGGUCGCCCCGUGACCUCUGACCCCGGUGGCCCCAAGACCCCCGACUCCUGCGGGUCGGGCUCGGAGCGCCUGGACUCUGCCCUCGGCGACUCCCUGGGCGAGGACGAAGCCGGCUGGGGGGCGGCCGUGGGGCAGGAGCUGGGGGCGAUCACCCAGGGCGUGGAGGCCGUGCGGCUCGGGGAGACGCCCGCGGUGGCCCCCGAGGCCUGGCUGCACCACGUCCUGGGCUUCGUGACCGAGGACGGGGACACAGCCCUCCACCUGGCUGUGAUUCAUGAACAUGAGGCCUUUCUGGAUUCUAUCCUGCAGUAUAUGGCUAGGACGGAAUACUUGGAUCUGCAGAACGACCUGGGCCAGACGGCACUGCAUAUUGCAGUCAUCCUCGGCGCCUCCAACUUUGUCCGCAAGCUGAUGGCAGCCGGGGCGGGGCUCUGCGUGCAGGAGAGAGCUGGCCACACAGCGCUGCACCUGGCAUGCCGGGAGGGCUGGCGGGACUGCGCACAGUGCCUCCUGGCAGCGCUGAGCGGGCACUGGCCCGGCAAGGGGAAUGACGCCUGCGCUCAGUUGGACUGCACCAAUUAUGAUGGUUACACGCCGCUGCACGUGGCUGUCCUGCAGAAGGACCUCGCAGUGGUCAAGCUCCUUGUGGAUGCCGGAGCCGAUCUCAACAAGGCGGAGAUGAGCUGCGGGCGGAGUCCCCUCCACUUGGCAGUGGAGUCGCAGAGCCCGGAAGUGGUGGAGUGCCUGCUGCGCGCCGGUGCGGACCCGAGGGCCCGGAUGAAUGCCGGUUACACCCCCAUCUAUAGCGCCGUGCACAGGCCCAGCCAGAAGAUCUUGCAGCUGCUCCGGGAGUUCGGCUCGGAGGAGCCCGACUGGGACUCGGAGGAGAGCCCGGCUGACAGCAGCGACGAGGACUACGACGACAUCGUCAUCAACAGUGGACACUAUAAGAACUGACGGGGCUGGGCCGGCAUCGCCUGCAGCGUGAGCCGUUCCCCAUCUCCAUAAGACUCGCAUCCUGCCCUGCCGCUGUGGGAAUAAAUUUGGCAGUGGCGCGAUCUCUCCGUUCACAUCUAGUUCCAACUACUUAUCCAAAGGCUGCAGUCUCUGGCUGUUACUUGGAACCAGUAGCUAAAAUUCACCAGAGCUUUGAUCUAAUCCGUUUAUUUCCCCUCUCACUUGUUCGUUUUCCUCCGUGUUUCUUAGUUUAGUCAGUUUAUAUCGAGUUAUUUGGAUUACGUUCAAAUUUUAAAAAAUGGUAUUUCGGCACCUGCUGCUUUUUGCGGUCGCAGCUGGGAUGGAUUGUCGGCAGGAUUUCUCUGUUCGCUGUAUCCUUUGCCCUGUCGAGCCUCCGGCCGUUUGCUUUCGAAGUGGGAGCGUCAUCCCUACCCGUGCAAGGGGUCUUGCUGGAGUCCACGGAUGCUGGUCGCAUAACCAAGCAAUUCGGGUCAGUGGGGAGCCGCACAAAACGGGGUGCGGGCCUGGCUGGCUUUUAGCUGCCUUUCAGACACCUUAGGCCUGUUUGCUUUUAUCUUGAGAAGCAGGGAGCACCACCUUACUCCAGUUGGAUUUAGUACUUGGGGCCGGAUUCUUUUUAGCCGCUUCCUAACUGAGGCGGAUGGAUUUUCACGAGCGCCUUGCAGCCCUGGUCUCCUCCCCCUGUAAGGACAGGGGCGGGUGAGUGCUUUUGAAAAUCUGGGCCUCUGCUAGCGUUUAGGAUCGAAUGGCCAGACAGGGUAAUAGCUCCGACGCAGGGUAGGAGGAUUGAAACGGGCAGGGCGGGGGAGAAAUUCACAGGAGGAGCAGAUGAGGCUGGUGAGGUCUGUUAUGAGCAGAGUGAGGAAGAAGAGGGAAGAGAGGCCAAAGAGGGAGACCUUUUAGAUCUCAAAGGUGGGGGCGUGAGGUUGGAAAGAGCCAAGGUGGGUUUGGAGCUGUCUGAUUUGGGUCAGGCGUGGAGAAGGAGGGACUGCGUCUGUGCCUUGUCUGUAGGAACCGUGCCUCUCUGGUACCUGGCCAAUCUUGGUUUUGUCUAAGCACCUCCGCCAAUACUGCAAGGUGGGACCAUCUUCAUUCCUUUCCCCGAGGAGUCGGUUUUCUUCCUCUGUGCCCGUUGACUGGCUGUAAAGCCUCGUUCGUGCCGGGUAUCGAUGGGGUCUCUUCUGGAGCCGCACGGGAAGCGGAUUUCCCAUCCCAUAACGGUUUUGGAGAUCCAAAAUUGGGCAGAAAACGCCCAUCUCCGCCUUUCCCGAGCGGAAGGGCUGAAAAUCAUUUCAGUUGAGGCGUUCGAUUUUGAUCGUUUUGUAAGUCUGAAUUUAUUCAUUUCAAAACCAAAAGUUGUUUUGACUCCAAAACUGGAAACUUUCCUUGUUUAAAACAGGACGUUUCACCGGUUUUAAACCCCCAGCGCCCUCCCAGUGUUUUGAACUGAGCAAGUCAGCCAGAGCGGCCCUGUUCACAAGUAGCCUUGGCUUUGACAAAUUGACGUGGUUUCCCCCCCCCCCCAUCCCCCCUCCCUCUGGGGGAACGGUUUGUCAGAUUCCCGACUAGCUCUGAUCUUUGCAUCUAACACCGUGGACCCUCAAUGGAGACGGGACCGCUGGGUGCUGCGCUGUCUGAAAUUGCUUCUGUUUGCCGGGGGGAAUUUUGGAAGAACUGUCGUAAGCAGACCUGAAUCUUGAUUUAGAACCUGGCUGCAUUAGUUACAGAUGGCUUUUCAGUACGACCUCCUCCUCCUCCCCCCCAUUUCCGCUUUGGAAGGGAGCGGGGAGAGAAGAUCAAAUUCUAAACAAAAUCCUCCUCGUUUGACGAGGCUGCCGUCUUCUCCUUUACGUUCUCACGCUUCUUGUAACCGAAAACACAGGCCAAAACGUAAGGGAAGAUUGGGGCUCUCUGCUUUUUAGGGGAUGGGGGUUAAUUCUCAAGGGCCGAGCACCUUAGCUGACAUCAAUGUGAUCUCAGUACCAGGAGGUGGGGGCUGGCUAAUGAGGUUCUGGAUGUGUCGAGGGGUGGGCGGAAUCAGUAGUUUUCCUGGGAAGUGGGAUUGGAUUUUUAGUUCACAUGCCCCAGUGUGAAGGACUGAGGGACCUGACUGUGUUAGAGUCAAUAAUGCUGGGAAAAAUUAUUUUCUCAAGUGGACCAGGAUUGAGCUCUCUCGGCCUCUGUACUUAUUACUAAAGGGCUUGUCUAACACACCAGUUGUAGCCCUUCAACAACCCCUGGCGCUGUGCAGCAGGAGAUGACAAAGCAGAUCAAGCUCAUUGUCCCCAUUUUACAGAUGGGGAAAUGGAGGCACAAUGCGCUGCCCAAGGUCACCCAGCAGGCCAGUGGGCAAACUGGGAGUAGAACCCAGGUUCAGCAAGUCCCUGGUCCAGGGCUUUAUGCACUAGGCCACACUGCCUCUUUGUGUCUGUCUAGUUAAAGUUGUACAAGCCCAUCUGUGGGCCUGCAGUUAUACUGACACUGGGAAGGGGAAUGGGCUGUACCAAUAUAAGGCACCUCUAGACCAGUCUAAGUGUCCUCCACUACUGUCUUGCUAUCAGUAACACCCCCUCCCCCCCCAAGUGACCUGAGGCUUCUCCCAGUUUAACUCCCGAAAGCAACCUGGUCCCUGGCUGAUUGUUCUCGAACACCGCGCCAAAGAGGCUGGCUGAAGCAACUGCAAGCAGAAGGGAAAUGGCUUUUUCUAUGUAAGCAUUGUCUGUUCAUUUCCCCAGCUGGCUCUGUGCCUAGAGACACAGAGACCGCAUAACUCGCGUCCAGUGCCUGUGGGUUUUCAGCUAUGUUGUGAGUUUUGUAUGAGCUGUCGUCUAACUUUAUCCGGUUCUGUGUGUGUGUUCUUUCUCCCCACUCUCUGUAGCGUGUAUGUUCUUGACCAGGGAUGGGGGAUGAGAUUAAAACUACCGCUUGCCCUA